AUGGAUUUGAAUCCCGAUUGGGUUGUCAAUGGAACCAAGGUGGUUGAGAGGGCUGCAGCAAAUAGAUGUUUGGUCCUAAAUGAAGCAGCUCAAAACUUGAUUAAGGAGGCCAUCUCCUCUAUUGAUUCAGAGAUAGCAGAGCUUCGCAAAGAAGCCGAACCUCUUGUUUCUGGAAAGUUGACUGACUCGACGUAUACGACUCCGAAGAUAAACUCAAUUUGUCGACCAUUUUUUCGUACCGCUUCUUAUGAUUGUCCACCAAUGAAUGAAGAUGCACAAACACGCCUCAAAUUGAAAGAAACUAAUGUUGCCGAUGAUUUGAAUACCACACUCAAUAGGUUAACACAAUCUGAAACAAUAAAACUUCUUCUUGCUUUGGUUGAUUGUUACCGACUAUCUCUACAGAGGAAACUUACUAGUCAAAUUGAAACACUCACGGAGUCACUAACCCACGUAGAGAAGAGUUUUUCUGAACGCCAGCAGAUAUUUAAAGAAUUACAAUCUACUGAGAAACAGCUCGAUCACUCAAAGUACAUACUUCCAACUGCUUUGCCUAAGCAGCUUGUGAACUGCAUUGCUUCGCUUUCCACAACGAUUAAUGAGACAUCCCACUGGGGCAACAAGUUUGACCAAUUGGCAAUUGGUGUCAAGCAGACAGAGUCGAGGGGGCCCAAUAUUUCCAUGGUUGAGUGGAUUUCAAUUUUCAACAAUGCCCACAACGUCCUCACAGACAAUGACUGGAAUUACAUUUCUGUGCAUGUGCUCAAAGGCGUCAAGUCUGCUACUUUCUGUCGACUCUAUUGGCUCCACAGGUUGCGCCCAGCAACAGGCCGCGGUCUGUGGACAGCGGACGAGCUUUCGAAGUUGGCAUCGGCCGUGAAUGUGUUCGGGUCUCACGGAAAAUGGCAGGAAAUCGCUGGGCAUUUGAAUGACGGUCGGACGGCGUUCGCCUGUUUUAAGGCCUGGCACAAGUACCUUAACCCCCAGCACCCAUCUCGAGCACCUUGGAGUUCAGAGGAAGACGACGCCUUAAAAUUGAUUGUUGAUGACGAAAUUCAGCACGAGUGCAAGGCUCUCAGUUUGGUGGAUUGGGGUGUUGUCAGCGCCCGUCUGCAGACGCGUUCGACCAAGUCGUGCAAGCAGCGGUAUGCAGAGCUGAGAUGCUCGCAGCAGUCGUCGGCCCUGAAGUUCUCCCCCGAGGAGGAUCUGUCCCUUCUGAUGGCCAUUCAACGCCUCGGCACUGGCGGUGGCCUCUAUGGCUGGGGCAACGCCGGCGAAAACCCCGGCAACUGCGGCACGUGGUCGGUCAUUGCGGCCGAGUUGCCGGGCGGUCAGCGGACAGCGAAGGAGUGCGAGCUGCGCCACAACGAGCUGUGCGAAAAGUUCCAGCCCUGGACGUAUGAAGAAACGCGGCGCCUUUUUCAAUUUGGCACGCGAGUCUCCGAAACCACGCACAAAGGCACCGGUCCAUUUAUCACCAUCGCCAUCCUCCCCUACUUCCCUGGCCGCUCAAUGUCUGCUCUGUUGAAUCGCUUCAGGGAUUGUAAGACGCUAGCGAGUGUGCUAAAACGCUCUCGCAGGUUCCCAGACCACAGCGCUGUCACCGGUGCCUUCUUCAACUCUACCGAAUUUGAGCAGGUUCGGUGUCAUUUAUUUGGUCCUCGAACUGUCCUUGGCGAGUGGGUGAAGGAGCUUCAACAGAUGGGCAUCUCCAAUCCCGAGGAAUACGCGUUUUCCAGGCUGCUGGCUUGGAAACCACGCCAGCCUUAUCAGCCGCUGCCUGGACAGAAAAAUAGCUUCAAACAAGAAAUGCAUCACGAAUUUACUCAGCUUCUGCUUGACCUGGAAGAGGGUCUCCUUUUGCCACCCAAAUCCGAGGUUUUGCCUGCGACGACCCCCAGUGUUGCAUCGGUAGCUGCAGAGUCCUCAUCAGCACCAAUCACGUCACUGGGCGUGUUUGGAGUCGCCCGACUCAUCAACAAUUCUCAGUUGAAGCCUGCCCUCUUCUCUCUCCUGUCCGCCGAAAUAGCGCGUCGGAUGAACCAGCCCGUGCCCGAGAUCCCCAGCUUCGAUCUGGAUCGGGGUGUGGGCAAGCGAAAGGUCAAGCCAUCCUACCCCAAAGUAGGCUUGGAUGCACAAAAUUGCCUUCAGACGGCCGGAGAACGACUGUUAAGUGAGAGGGACUUCUUCGCGCGAACUUUUGAGCGUGCACUCAGCAGCAAUGAGACGGCCUCUGCGGCCUACAGCGGGAACAAUUCCAGGGCAUUAGAGUUGAUCGCGCCAGAAUUAGCUGGAGACAUGCUCUUCUUUGCUCAGCAAGACGAUAACGAGAAUUUGCCCCUGCAGCAAAAGUCACAGCCUCCCAGCACAAAAAGCAUUUCCAGCGAAAAACUCCAGCGUCUCUUGCGAAUUCGACAGCUCCUGCUCAAGUCACGACUGCCGAGCAUAAGAUCGGGUUCGCUGAAAACUCCAUGGACCCUGCCUAUCACUGAAGCUGGUCGUUCUGAGCCUGGCCCGUCCAAUGCGCCAUUCCUCUCCUGUCUCCCGCACACCGUAUUGGACCAACUAACCGACUCGCCGUCUGAUUGGGUGGUCGGACCCGCCACCGCCAUGGCCUCCAAGUGUCUGGGCGUGGCGCGUGCACCGUCGCAGAGGCACGCCGAGGGUCCCCUCGUUCUCCUCGAACCUGACGCCGCCGGUGUCCAACUCAUGCCACCAAACUACGCCACAAUCAUUGCGCUGAAGUCGCUGCUGCUGAACUUCCCCGAGCUGCGCAACACAACCGGCGCACACAUGUCCCGCAUUCUCCACUGCAGGAAAUCCUGCAACUUCUUCAACAGAUCCUCUGUGGACAAUGUCACUCUGCCUCCCAUUGGUCAUUAUCAGCCGUCCAGGCAUCAUCUUGCCAUCUACAGUCUCGCCCUCAUCCUACCACUGUCUUCUCCUGUUUCGUCAAUUGUAGAACUCAAGCAGGUUAUCUCGGAACGACCCGACGUUGCCGCGCUGUGGUCGAACCCAAAGCACCGCAUUUUCAUUCUGCGGUGUUUCGCCCUCUUCCUGUGGCCCUGUUUGAUCUCCAGCAUGUCCGCCAGCUCCAUUGUCGAUCGCUCGCUUGCCAUACUGAGGGAGCACAUAUUCAAGAUAGGCGAAAUUGAUAGUCCCCCGAAAAGACUCCGCGAUCUGUCGAUUCCCGCAGCCAUAAAACGAGGAUUACCUGUCGAAGACGAUAGCCACGGACUGCCCGUGCGGAAACGUCGCCGCCGGUACGAGAAAGCGGACAGCCACUACAAAUUGCCCGACUUGUGGACUCAGGUUUCUGUUGACUGUGAUUCCAGCAUUACUGUUCUCUGUGAACUACCGUCCACAGUGGAGGAUCUGGUUCGAGCUGGCUUCCUGCCCACUGGUUUCAGCUCCUAG